AACAAAGACAUCGCGGUCAUACAGCAGUGGUAGCCCGAACCGUAGCUCGUGCUGGUGGACUCUCGGUGGCCCUUUCCCCCAAUCACCGUCGCUUUCUUCUUCCAGGUUCCGAUUCCAGGCGGCUUCGACUCCCACAACUCUCGCGGCCCGUAGCUACUACGAGUAGUAGCAAGCAGGCAGUGCUUGUAUUUGUGUUUGCUUGCUCCCCCGGCCCAGAAGAGAUCAGAGAUCUUACUGAAGAGUCGCUGCUGCUCUUCCCUUCCCUUCCGCGGAGCGCCAGGAGAAGCAUAAAUCAAGCGAGAUCUUGUUGUUGUCGCAAGAGGAAGAGGCUUCGAGGAAAGAUAUUAUUUUUGUUUGUGUCAUCGUAGCAGAGGCAGAAGCAGCACCAUGGGUUCGUGCGAGGAUGUUGACUAUGGCGACAUCUUCUCCGUCACCAACCCAGCCGCCGCCCCCAACUACAUGUUCAACUUCUCCCCCCUCCAGCAGCAGCAGCAGCAUCCGCACCUCCGAUUCCCGGCGGCUCCCCACGGAUUCCACCCCGGUUCCGUAGGGCCGUCUCCGCCCUCGGGCCCGCCGGCGCUCGGCCAAACGCCGAGCCCUUCGUCAUCUAUCACCACCGCCGAGCUGGACGCCCCGGAGGACGUCACCGGCGACGCCGUCCUCGCGUACAUCAACCAGUUCCUCCUCGAAGACGAGGAUGAGGACUCGUGCCCCGGUGCCUCCUCCGCCGCGACGGACCCGCAGCAGGACUCGGCGCUCCUCGCCGUCGAGAAGCCCUUCGUGGACAUCAUCGCCGACGCGGCGCCCGCGGGGGCGUGCCGUCAGAAUAAUAAUCCCUGGAUGGAUCCUUGCUGCGGUUUUGCAGGAAACGACGCUGGUGUGUUCGUGGGCAGACAGACACAGACCUCUUCUUGCCAGAUUGUGCCUUGCGAGGAGGAACCGGUGAAGCUGGAAGGGGAUUGUGCUGUUCAUAAGGGUCGGAAGAACAGACAUGGCGACCGUGGCGUGGAGCUGGAGGAGGAGGAGGAGAGGAGGAGCAAGCAGUCGGCGGUGUGCGAGGAGGAGACCGUCCGGGAGAUGUUCGACAAAGUGCUUCUGUGCGAUGGCGUCAACUGCAUUCUCCAGUCGCCGUUGCCUGCCGAAGCAGAGGUCAGCGCCGUGUACGUGAAAGGGUCGGGGAACAAGAGAGGGCGGAAGAAGGGGAAACCUGGAGCGGCGGCGGCGGAGGAGGAGUCGGUCGAUCUGACAACCCUGCUGAUACACUGUGCUCAGGCCACGGCGAUCGAUGAUUACCGGAAUUCUGUCGAGCUGCUCAAGCAGAUCAGACAGCAUUCUUCUGCUCUGGGGGAUGCCGGGCAGAGGCUGGCGCAUUACUUUGCCAACGGGCUCGAGGCUCGCCUUGCCGGCACAGGUAGCACCAUCUAUCGCUCACUUGUGGCGCAGCGGAAUACUACUGCUGAUAUACUGAAAGCGUUCGAGCUGUAUGUGACGGUAUGCCCGUUCAACAAAUUGUCAAAGUUCUUCUCUAAUGAAGCCAUCUUGAAUGCUUCCAAGGAUGUGACCAGGUUACACAUUGUUGACUACGGCAUACGGUGGGGCUUCCAGUGGCCAAUCUUCAUGCAGCGGAUCGCAAGGAGACUUGGUGGCCCCCCGAGACUCCGAAUCACCGGUAUUGACUUACCACAGCCAGGGUUCCGGCCUGCGGAGCGUGUAGAGGCGACAGGGCAGCGUUUACGUGAGUAUGCCCGGACGUUCAAAGUCCCCUUUGAAUAUCAUGCCAUAGCUGCCAAGUGGGAUACCGUCAGAGUUGAAGAUCUCAAGAUCGACAAGGAUGAGCUUCUUAUUGUGAACUGCACUUUCCUAAUGAGGCACAUGAUGGACGAGACAGUGACGGAUGACAGCCCGAGAAUGAGGGUUCUCAACACAAUCAGGAAGAUGAAUCCACAUAUGUUCAUUCAUGGGGUUGUCAAUGGCACUUACAACGCGCCCUUCUUCGUGACACGCUUCAAGGAGGCCCUGUUCUACUUCUCCUCGCUCUUCGACAUGCUUGAAACUACCAGUUCACGGCUGGACGAACAUAGGCUUCUGAUUGAAAGGGAUUUCUUCGGACGGGAAGCUCUAAACGUGGUUGCUUGCGAGGGCACAGAGAGGGUUGAGAGGCCGGAGACUUACAAGCAAUGGCAAGUCAGGAACAUCAGGGCAGGAUUCAGGCAGCUGCCUCUGAAUCAAGAUACAGUGAAGAAGGCCAGAUAUAAGGUAACCAAGUCCUAUCACAAGGAUUUCCUCGUUGAUGAAGAUAACAAGUGGAUGCUGCAAGGUUGGAAGGGCAAAGUCAUCUUGGCCCAAUCCACAUGGAAACCUAGCUAGACCUGUAGAGACCACUAGCCUUUGCUUGAUAUAUUUCAUCACUUUUUGCUGUUUCGUUGUGAUAUUCUGAAGCUUAUGUUGAUGAGCUUUGACCCUUUUCUGAAGCAAAAUUAAUGUGUUUUUGCUGAACUUAGCUAGAACGGAAACUUAUUGCAUAUGAUUUUUCUAACUGAGUGGCAGGUGUCUGCGUAACAUAUUUCCAACUACUUGUUCCCUGAAUUGGCAAAAGUGAUAUCUUUUACCUGCUGUAUUA